GCGGAUUUAAUAAUAAAAAAGAUGGUCGUAUAGGGGAUACUCCUUUAAUUUCAUCUGGCGCAUGGGUUGAUAAUGAAACAUGUGGUGUCAGCGGUACUGGAAAUGGUGAGUAUUUUAUUCGUUACAGUGUUGCUCAUGAUGUAUCAGCCAGAAUGAAAUAUCUUGGUGAAAGUGUACAUGAAGCUGCAACAAAUGUUGUUGAAAAUCUCAAGAAAGUUGGUGGUGAUGGUGGAGUUAUUGCAUUAGAUAAAUAUGGCAAUUUUUCGAUGCCCUUUAAUACCAGUGGAAUGCAUCGAGAUUAUAUCCAUGUAUCAGAAGGAGUUCC